UUGCUGGCGAGCUGUUUUAGACAUAAGUCGCUGUCAUUUCAAACCAGCUGUCUGAACCAACUUGGUAGAGGGAAGAUGGCGUUAGUGAAAUCAAACCUCGGUCACUCGCCAGCCGCGAAUCUUAUGUUUAAUGAAAAGAUACGUCAAAUGAUCCAGGAGGGUCACACAGUCUAUCAUUUUGGAUUUGGCCAAGCGCCGUUCCCGGUCAUUGAAACUGCACUUGACAGUCUGAAGGAAAAUGCUGGACAAAACGCCUAUCUACAGGUACAAGGUUUACCGGAAUUACGACAGGGAAUCUGUAACUUCCAUGCAAGAUAUGACUCUCUGGAUAGCCUCGACCCUAACAACGUAAUUGCUGGCCCUGGCAGUAAGGAGCUCAUCUACCUUCUCCUGAACAUCUUCAAUGGGACGGUGUUGCUGUUGGCACCAUCGUGGCCGACUUAUGAACCUCAGGCGGUCUUGGCAGGGAAGAAACCGGUUAUAAUACCCACCUCAUUUGACAACAACUGGCAACUAACACCUGAGUUGCUGGAGCAGGCACUCGAGUCAAACCAUGUGACCGGAAACAAGCUUCUGAUUCUGAACAAUCCAGAUAAUCCCACCGGAACCAGCUACGGGGAUGCCCAGUUGGUUGCACUGAGUAAGGCUUUCCGAAAGAACAACGUGAUUGUUCUGAGUGACGAGAUCUAUGCGAGACUUCACUACACUCAAAGUCAUGUGACACUUGCGAAGCACUACCCUGAGGGAACCAUCAUCAGUAGUGGGCUGUCCAAGUGGGCCAGUGCUGGGGGCUGGAGGAUUGGCUAUCACAUCUACCCACCUGAGCUCUCGUCCCUGGCUGCUGUCAAGGGCGAAGCGAGUCACACCUAUUCUUGUGCACCGGCGCCAAUGCAGUUUGCUGCUGCAAAGAUGUUUGGUGACCUGGUGUCCUGUGAUGAGUACAUCCGUCACACAACCCGGAUCAUGGUGGCCGUGUCCUCCUUCUGCUGCAGAGAGCUGAGGUCGGUUGGGGUGAAGAUGGUGACUCCGAAGGCUGGCUACUACGUCUUUCCAGAUUUCGAGGUCAUAAGAGCGGCCUUGAAAUUGCGCGGCCUCACCACGUGUCAGGAGAUGUGUGAUGCACUAUUGAAGGAGGCAUCCGUAGCGCUGAUGGCGAGUGGUCCCGCUUACCUCCGCCCGCUUACGGAACUGACGACCAGGUUAUGCUACGUCAACUUCGAGGGCAAAGGCGCCCUCGCCAACAGCAGAAAGCUAGGGUUAGAUGAACCUCUACCAGAGACAUUUGUCCAAGAAUUCUGUACCCCUGUUUACGAUGGAAUAAUGGCCUUGAAGAACUGGGUUUUACAACUGAAAGAUGAACAAGAGUCAUAAGGCGUCAUCACAGUUUCUUGCGUCAUGAUCAUGUGACCGCGUCAUGAUCACGUGACCGAACUCGGGGUAAUUUUUGACCAAUGUAGGUAUUUUUGUUCGUGAAAAACGUAGAUUGUUAUCUGUAUUCUGUUAUCUAUGAUACCUGUUACAUCAGCAGCUCAUUAAACACUUAGAUACCGGUUACAUCAGCAGCUCAUGAAACACUUAGAAACCUACAAUUUCCUUUACGAGGGGUAUUGCGAAAUUUACGGAGCUUCUAGCAGUGACAAAACACGAUGGAGGCGACAGAUGUCAGUGCACUCUAAAAAAUGAAGUCUUAUGACCAAGGAACACUUUGCAGAUAUGUGUUUGUAUUUGAUUAUCAAUUAUCAAUAUAUUCCCCACGAGUCCGAAAAAUGCAAAUAUAUGAAG